AAAGGGGUCAUGAGUAGAAGCAGUGCUUGAGAGCUGCGUGAGUGUGUAAGAAGGAGUGCAAGACGGUGUGUGUGAGCUAAGUGGUGUGUGAGGUUUGAGGGAAAACUUUGACAAAGGUGUGAGAGAUGUAAAUUCCAGAUUGGGGGAGCACAAAGCGCAAGUCGGUCUUUGACCAGGGAUGAAAGCACGAGUGUGCUUGGAGAGGGUGUGAGUCUCAAGGUCCAAGAGACUUGCAGUGAGAGGACCAGGAGCCUGUGGAAUCCUCUGGUUCAAAGAGGCGGGCAUGUGAGCGUGGCCUGAGCUGGGAGAGAGCUGGUCAUUCUCCCUUUCCUCGGGGCCUGUGUUAUCUCCUUAAGGCAAAGGGGCCAGGACUUUUUCCUUUUUUUUUUAAGAAGGAAGGAAGGGAGGGAUCAAAGAAAGAAGGAAGGAAGGGAGGGAGGGAGGAAGGAGGGGAGGGAGGGAGGAAGGAAGAAAAAGAGACAGAAGGAAGGAAAAGGAAGAAAAAAUAUUUAAAUUUAUUUGGAGCAGGAGAGGCUUGUGAGGGGUUUAGUGAGCAGUUCCACUAUGUAUUGGUGACAGGGCACAGCUAUGUGGCCCGAAAGAAAGUUGGGGUGUGUCUGAAGGAAUCUUGGAAACUGGGGCUGAGACCCGGGGGUGUGUGGCAGGCUGGAGGAGAGAGAGCGUAAGAUGGGGCGAGCGCGCAGGAAGGGACACAGCACAAAGUUGGGGAACGCGUAAGAGUGGAGACGCCCCUGCGUGUAAGGCGGUCGACUGACUGGGAGCGAGUGACAGUGAAGAAGAGGGGGUGGGGUGAGAGGCUGUGCCGGCUUCUAGGCUGGGAUUCGGUCUCCGGGCGCCUGCGGCGGCGGCGCGGUGGUGGCUCGCCUACGGCUGGCUCGGGGCCCGGGUGGGUGUGCACGCGUGUGCGCGGGGCGGAGAGCCCGGGCUCCCGGGCGCGUGGCUGUGCCUCGGCGCGGCCGGCUGGGUGAGCGCGGGCGCGAGCGGAGCGCACGGCGGAGGCGGCGGGCAGCCCGGGUUAUCUGAGCCGCUCGGUCUUGGGUGGCUGCGCCCAGAUCUCCGGGCGGCGGCGGCCAAGGCGAGACGCGCUGUCGGGCCGCUGCGGAGCCAAGAAGCGAGACCCAGGCCCUGACGGCAGCGGCGGGGAGCAGAGCAUGGAACAGCGCGCGGGCCGGGCAGUCCUGAAGUUGAGUUUGAGAGGCGACACGGCGGCGGCGGCCGCGCUGCUCCCGCUCCUCUGCCUCCCCAUGGAUAUGCACUGCAAAGCAGACCCCUUCUCCGCGAUGCACCCAGGGCACGGGGGUGUGAACCAGCUCGGGGGGGUGUUUGUGAACGGCAGGCCCCUGCCCGACGUGGUGAGGCAGCGCAUCGUGGAGCUGGCCCACCAGGGUGUGCGGCCCUGCGACAUCUCCCGGCAGCUGCGGGUCAGCCACGGCUGUGUCAGCAAAAUCCUGGGCAGGUACUACGAGACCGGCAGCAUCAAGCCUGGCGUGAUCGGCGGCUCCAAGCCCAAAGUGGCAACGCCCAAAGUUGUGGACAAGAUUGCUGAAUACAAGCGACAGAACCCUACUAUGUUCGCCUGGGAGAUCCGGGACAGGCUCCUGGCAGAGGGCAUCUGUGACAACGACACGGUACCCAGCGUCUCUUCCAUCAACAGGAUCAUCCGGACCAAAGUUCAGCAACCUUUCCACCCGACGGAUGGAGCCGGGACCGGAGUGACUGCCCCUGGCCACACCAUUGUUCCCAGCACGGCCUCCCCUCCUGUUUCCAGCGCCUCCAACGAUCCAGUAGGAUCCUACUCCAUCAACGGGAUCCUGGGGAUCCCUCGCUCCAAUGGCGAGAAGAGGAAACGUGAUGAAGUCGAGGUAUACACUGAUCCUGCCCACAUUAGAGGAGGUGGAGGUUUGCAUCUGGUCUGGACUUUAAGAGAUGUGUCCGAGGGCUCAGUCCCCAAUGGAGACUCCCAGAGUGGCGUGGACAGUUUGCGGAAGCACUUGCGAGCUGACACCUUCACCCAGCAGCAGCUGGAAGCUUUGGAUCGGGUCUUUGAGCGUCCUUCCUACCCUGACGUCUUCCAGGCAUCAGAGCACAUCAAAUCAGAACAGGGGAACGAGUACUCCCUCCCAGCCCUGACCCCUGGGCUUGAUGAAGUCAAGUCGAGUCUAUCUGCAUCCACCAACCCCGAGCUGGGCAGCAACGUGUCAGGCACACAGACAUACCCCGUUGUGACCGGUCGUGACAUGGCGAGCACCACUCUGCCUGGUUACCCCCCUCACGUGCCCCCCACUGGCCAGGGAAGCUAUCCCACCUCCACCCUGGCAGGAAUGGUGCCCGGGAGCGAGUUCUCCGGCAACCCGUACAGCCACCCCCAGUACACGGCCUACAACGAGGCUUGGAGAUUCAGCAACCCCGCCUUACUAAGUUCCCCUUAUUAUUAUAGUGCCGCCCCCCGGGGCUCCGCCCCUGCCGCUGCUGCCGCUGCCUAUGACCGCCACUAGUUACCGCGGGGACCACAUCAAGCUUCAGGCCGACAGCUUCGGCCUCCACAUCGUCCCCGUCUGACCGCCCGCCCCGGAGGGAGGGAGGACCGACGCGACACGAAGCUUCCCGGCCACCGUCCCAGACCCACCCCCAUCCCAGGAUCCCUGCAGCCCUUCACCGCACCCGGUCGAAGGCCGGACAGACGGGUGGGGCCGUGGGCGGGACCCUCAGGCCCGGCCCCGCCUCCCCAUCCUCGCCCGCCGCCCCUCCCCGCCUGCCUGGACUGCGCGACGUCGUGGGGAGGGCCGACCCAGCUCGUCCUCGCCUGUCUCGGAGCCCACCAGCCACGCCGCCGAAUUCUGGCCGGGCCCGCCGCUGCGCGCGGUGGACGCGUUUCUGUGACACACAAUCAGCUCGGACUGCAGCGCGGCCCAGCCCCAGAGCAGCCCGCCUCGGACGCUCCGGCGCCAGGAGGCUUCGCUGGAGGGACUGGGCAAAGGAAAUUAAGGACAAAACGAUUUUCUGCAGAAGGAGGAAUAGCCUCCUGCCAAGCCCUCGGGGAAAAGUCCUUACCCCCGGGCCAGCUGGACUGCCCCCACCUUCCGAGUGUCCCCAACCCAGAAGGUGGAAUGGAAUGAAGGCGUGGGGGCCAGGCUCUAGGGGCGGGCUCGGGGUCGUCAGGUGUUUCCAAGGUUGAGACCCAAGGCACCCAGGCCCCAGCAGCCCGCACCCGCCGAGUCCGACUCUUGGCUCUACCAUACUCCGCCCCAACUGCCCUGUACCCCAAGGUCCAGGCAUCUCCUACUAGUGACCAGACUCUCAGCCCCGCCUUGCCCCUACCUCAGCGCCUCUUCCAUCUGCUGACCUCGCAGUUCCCUCUCCUGCCCGUCCUUUCCCCAUCCCGGGACGCUCUGCAUCUCUCCUCCCUAACUCGCCGCCCCACCGGAGGUUCUCCCGCGCCUGCCUCAGGACCAGUUUCCACAGGCGGCGGGCACUAGUCUUCCCCAAGCAGUUAUUUGAUGCCCCCAACACAGACUCUCAAUCUGCCGGUGGUAGGAGCAGGUCCUGAGCAGGCGUUCGAGCUGCGUGAGGUGGAAGGUGGGGGGCUGCCCACUCCACACCCACCCACCUCCAGCCUCUAGCCUCCUCCUCGGGCAGGAACUGAACAGAGCUGCAAAAAGUCUACAUUUAUUUAAUGUGACGGUCUUUACAAAAAGCAAAACAAAACAAAAACCUAACAGGCUGCUGCUUUGUAGAAAGACGGUGUGUGUCGUGUGAAGGCGAACCCAAGUGUGUAUAUAACCCCGCCCCGCCCGCCCCGCCCAGCCCCGCCCGGUAGAGUCCCCGUUGCCCGCCCGCCCGCCCGCCCUGCCUGUAGAUACGCCCCGCUGUCUGUGCUGUGAGAGUCGCCGCUCGCUGGGGGGGAGGGGGGGACACAGCUACACGCCCACUAAAGCACAGCACGUCCUGGGGGAGGGGGGCAUUUUUUAUGUUACAAAAAAAAAAAAUUACGAAAGAAAUCUCUAUGCAAAAUGACGAACGUGGUCCUGUGGACUCCUCUCGCCUCUGUUUUGUUGGCUAUUUCUCUGUAAUUCCGUGUUUGCGCUCUCUCCUCCUCUUCUCUCUCCUCUGCAUCUUUCCUCUCUCCAUCUCCUUCCUCUGCUUCUCUCCCCUCUGUCUCUGUCUCUCUCGGUCUUCGUCCCUCUUGUCUAUCUCUGUCCCUCCCUCGGCCUCUCUCCCCAGCCCUGCUCCGGCGGCCUUGCCCCCUGAGGCUAGAUCAGAGGUGGCAGCUCCAGCCCCCGGGGCUUGCCCCCUCGCAGCCGGGCCCCACGCGCCCUGGGCUGCCGGCGGCCGGGUCGCCCCGCCCCGUAGUUGCUCUCUCCGUAGCGGCGAUGCGCCCUGCAUGUCUCCUCACCCGUGGAUCGUGACGACUCGAAAUAAGAGAAACAAAGUCAAUAAAAGUGAAAAAUAAAUAAAUAAAUAAAAAUCCUUGAACAAA